CACCGAACGGCGUAGCAUCUAUAAUAAAUUAAUCGGAGUGUUGUGAUUUUGUAAAACCAACAAAAAAUAGGUGACUACGUUGUUUAUAAGUAAUAACAAAGCGUUCGUACAUAAAAACAGUUCACAUUAAUGUAUUUUAUAUCGACUUUAUGUGUAAUCGGGUUUACUUUGCUAGCAGUCAUGAAUGGACAAGUUAGCGAUAAAGACUGCAACAAUGCUCGGAAUGAAUGUAAGGAACUUCAAUAUUGUCCGGAUAUAUUCACUAGCCUCUCAACGAUCGAUUUCAGCGCCAUACCAUUUUGCAACAAGUUAUUGGGCAUUGUUUGCUGUCCUCGAUCAGAUAUUGUAUUAGAUACACGUUUCGGUAGCAUUGAACCAACGACGUAUGCUGAAAAAGCUUGCUUCGAGUAUCAGAAACUCGCGCCCACCUCUUGUCCACAACCCCUAAUCUAUGGCGGUGAAAAAGCGGCGCCAAAAGAGUUUCAAUCGAUUGCGCUGCUAGGAUCAAAGGAUAAGAGCAGUGGACUUAUAGAGUGGUACUGCGGCGGUACUUUGAUAAGCAAACGUUUUGUCAUCACGGCAGCACAUUGUUGGCGACGAGAUAUCAAUUUCGUACGACUCGGCGAAUUGGACUACAGCACUACCAGUGAUGCAACUCAAACGCAAGAUUUCGAUGUACGCAAUGCCAUUAUGCAUCCAAUGUAUAAAUUGGAGCAUUACAAUGAUAUCGCACUAGUCGAAUUGGCUCGAGACGCGACACUUAAUGAGUAUGUCCUUCCCGCUUGCUUGCCAUCUAAGAACACCGAAUAUAAAAGUUUCACAGCUGUGGGUUGGGGUGAAACCGAACACAAGAUAUCAUCACCGCAUUUACUCAAAGUGCAAUUAAAUGUAUUCGCAGGUAAUGAUUGCACUGCAUCUGAAACAGCACAGAUCGAAUUAGAGUGGGGUGUUAGGGAGCGUACGCAAAUCUGUGCUGGCAGUCAUCAGAGUGGCUUUGACACGUGCUACGGUGACUCCGGCGGGCCAUUAUAUGUGCCGCAUCCAAGUUAUCCAUGCAUGCUGCAAGUGGCCGCGAUAACUUCAUUUGGUUAUGUGAGAUGUGGCACAGCUGGUAUUCCGAGCAUAAAUACGAAGGUCAAUUUGUAUUUAGACUGGAUUGAGAAUGUGGUGUGGAAUACAACAACACCUUUCUGAAAGAAUAAAAUCGGGAAAUAAAGAUUUUCCAGAUCUCGACGGUUUAAAAUUGCUUACAACUUUAUGUACUACGUUGCGUUGUAUGUGGCAACUUAAAAACUGUAUAUUCAUAAUAAGCAUACCGUUUAUAGCA